CUAUAUUCUAUAUAUAAAUUUAUCGUUUCCCCUACUCAAUUACACUCCCUCCCUCCCUAAAUCCUCUCUCUCUCUGAAAAAGUCAGCGCCUUCUUUUGUCUUCUCUCUCCAACGCUUGUUGCAGAGCUUUGUCUCAUACGCUACCCUUUGCCAUGGACGACGACUGGGAUCUUCACGCUGUGGUCAGAGGCUGCACCACCACCUCCUAUGCCUCCUCCUCCUCCACUGCAGCUGCUUCUAUCACCACCAGCGACUCCGCCAGUUCCUUUACCAGACCAGAUUUCUGCUUUUCUUCUUCUUCUUCUUCUUUUGCUAGUGAACCACCUGGUCCUCUUUUCUCUCUUCCGGAUCCAUUUGAAACAAGAAAUGGCAUUGGGGAGUUGCAUGAGCUUUACAAGCCCUUUUUCCCCAGAUCCCAUCAGACUCUUUAUUCUCCACAACCACAGCCCGCCCCCAUCUCUCCUCUCUCUUCUCUUUCUGUCUCCAAGGAACAAACGCAGAUAAAGCAACCCAAGCAAUCUCAUGCUGCUUCCCUCACUUCCACUGCAAAUUCUCAUGCGCCUCGAUCUAAAAGAAGGAAGAACCAGCUAAAGAAGAUAUGCCAUGUACCAGCAGAGUCCCUUUCUUCAGAUGUGUGGGCGUGGAGAAAAUACGGCCAAAAACCCAUCAAAGGCUCCCCAUAUCCCAGGGGUUAUUACAGAUGUAGCAGCUCAAAGGGGUGUUUGGCCCGGAAACAAGUUGAGCGAAACAGAUCCGAUCCAGGAAUGUUCAUCGUCAGCUACACAGGCGAGCACAACCACCCAGCACCCUCCCACCGAAACUCGCUCGCUGGUAGCACCCGUCAAAAGACCACCACACCACAAACCGUCACCUCCAGUGACUCUAACAAACCUUCGCCGGCAGCCAAACCCACUUGCUCAUCACCUGCAACUUCCAUGGAUGACGAGCUUCUACCCCAAAUUACAAACACAGAAAGCAGAGAAGAGAAAGACACAAUGGAAGAUGAGGAAGAAGAUGAAUUUGGUGGGUUCUCAGAUAUGACUGCCAGUGACGAUUUCUUCUCUGGUCUGGAUGAACUGGACGAUCCGGUCACCAGAGACCGGUUCUCUGGUCACUUUCCACUGAAUUUAGGCCUGCCCUGGCUAGCAAAAAAUGCUGCUACAGCCGCAGGCGGUAUCUGAAACUGCCGGAGAGAACUCUUGCUGACAUGGAUAAUACCUUUUUAUACUGAUUAAUGUUUGCAUUUGCUUUCAUGUAUACACUUGUAUGAUUUAUGGAGUAGAAUCUUUCAGGGCACCGUUGCUUUUUACCUGUGCCAGUGAGUGUAAUAUAGUAAAAAGAAAUUCCAUUUCUUAACCUGCAGUGAUUAUUAAAAUUA